UAAGAGAAGACAAUUAAGAAAGAACAAAAAGAAUUAAAAAAAAGAAAAAACUGAAAAAACACAAGUGUUUUUUUCUCUCUUGCAAAAUAAUUAUUUGUAUAUUUCUUCUCUACGAAAAAUCACAAUUAAUUUUAAUUUUAGAAAAUCUAUCAUAAUAAUCUAGUACUCAAAAUCGCACAACAUAACUUCGUGUGAAAAUGUAAAACAAAUCAGCAGCAGCAGCAACACCACCACCACAACCAGCAGCAGCAAAGGAAAAUUUAUUUUCUUUUCAUUUUCACUUUCAAUCGGAGUCAAAGUCACAGUAGCAGCUCAACUUAAAACAAAAAAGGAAAACUUUUCAUUUAGUUUUUAGUUUUUUUUUUAACACAAAAUCGAAAGAACUUAUAAAAAUCCGCAGUUUUGUUGUUGUGUUUUGAGACUCAAAUGAAUACCAUUGGAUAGUGCGCGUAUUCGGAAAAGAAAACGCCAUCAUAAUAUCAUAAUCAAGUCGCUGUUGUAAUGGACGACCUGUCUCAGGGCGACAUUUGUCGCGUUUGCAGAUGCGAGGGCCAAUCCGAUCGUCCGCUCUUCUAUCCGUGCAUCUGCACUGGGAGCAUAAAGUACAUCCAUCAGGACUGUCUUAUGCAAUGGAUGCGAUACUCUAGGAAGGAGUACUGCGAGCUGUGCGGGCAUCGAUUCUCCUUCACUCCGAUAUACUCGCCGGACAUGCCGCGCGUGCUUCCGCUGCGCGACGUGGCCGGAGGGCUGUUGUCGUCGGUGGGAAAGGCAGCCAAGUAUUGGCUGCAUUAUACACUCGUUGCAUUCGCUUGGUUUGGGAUCGUCCCGCUGUCGGCGUAUCGGACGUAUCGCUUCAUGUUCAGCGGCUCCAGCUUCGAUAUGAUUCUCUCGCUGCCGUUCGACGUCUUCUCCACGGAGAACAUCGCCUCGGACGCUUUUCGCGGCAGUUUUGUGGUAAGUUGCACCUUGCUGUCGUUUGUGGGAUUGGUUUGGCUAAGGGAACAGAUUCUUCAUGGUGGUGGGCCGGAUUGGUUAGAGAGGGAUGAGGUGGCCCCGAUCGCCGGAGGAGGAAAUGGUGGCGGUAAUGGGGACGGCGUUAAUGGUGGAGACGAUGCAGCCGGACAGGCGGGAAUAGUUCCAGAGCCGAUAGCAGCGGCAGUUGUCGACGGACCCAUUGAGCUGAACGAUAACAACAACAAUGAAAAUAACAACAAUGAGAACGAGGCACCUGUGGAUGUGCCGAUAGACAAUGCAGAGCCACCAGCAGUUGACGCCGAGGCAAACGCAGCCGGAAACCGAGCUCUGAACGAAGAUCCAGCUGAUAUUGCGAUUGCCAAUGAGGAGGCCAACUGGAAUCCCAUGGAAUGGGACCGUGCCGCUGAAGAACUCACUUGGGAGCGUCUCUUGGGUUUGGAUGGAAGCAUGGUCUUCUUGGAGCACGUCUUCUGGGUCAUCUCGCUCAACACGAUCUUCAUAUUCACCUUUGCCUUCUGUCCGUAUUGCAUUGGCAACUUCGUCAUCAACUGGCUUGGGCUUCUGCGUCCCGAUAAGCCACUAUUACACUUCCACGGACUGAUAACCACCUUGUUCGGGUACUGUAACAUCGGACUGACUCUGGUGGUGCUUCAUUACUUCGCUAGACUGUUCAAGAUGAGCAAGAUUCGUUGGCUUCUGGGUUUGUGUUAUAUCGUGGUGAAAGUAUCGUUAUUGUCUGUCGUGGAAAUCGGAGUUCUUCCUUUGGUUUGUGGCUGGUGGUUGGACAUUUGUUCUCUACCGAUGUUCGAUGCUGCCAUCAAGGAUCGCCGGACGAGUUUCAGAGCGGCUCCCGGGACGUCACUCUUCAUACACUGGAUGUUUGGGAUGGUUUAUGUUUAUUACUUCGCUGCUUUUAUCUCUCUGUUGAGGGAAGUUCUUCGUCCGGGAGUUUUGUGGUUCUUGAGAAAUCUUAAUGAUCCUGAUUUUAGUCCUAUUCAGGAAAUGAUCCAUAUAUCAAUUCUACGUCACGUUCGUCGGUUGAUUCUUUCUGUGAUUAUCUUUGGUUGGGCUGUUCUAUUGAUGCUCUGGCUGCCAAUACAAAUUUUGAAGUCCGUUUGGCCAACAUUCCUGCCCUAUACACUUUCUGGAGAUUCCGAAGUGAAUGAAUUAAGUUUGCAGCUACUUUUAUUACAGAUUAUACUGCCUGGUUUCUUUGAGCAAUCUCACACUCGAGUCUGGCUUAAGGGGUUGCUUAGGAUUUGGUGCCAAGCUGUUUCGUGGACAUUAGGAAUCAAGAGUUAUCUGCUGGGAAAUGAUACCACAGAGAAUGGAAAUGGCGGUCAAGCUGAACCAGAACGCGCUCAGCCCGAUCGAAAUCAAGGCCUCGCAGCAGCACAUCAAUUCAUCCUGCAGCGUGAUGCUCCGGUGGGAUUCCAGCCGUACAACAAACCGACAUUCUUUCCAUUCCGUUUAUUUGGCUUGAUUGUGUUCAUGUGCAUCAGCUUGGUGAUAUCUUCUCUGGUCACACUGACUGUGCCCGUGUGGAUUGGACGGCAAGUCAUGGCUCUUUGGUCGGUCGGAAAUCAAUUUGCAAACCAUCAGGUUACGACACAUCCCGAGGUUCCACCGCGUCCGCAUGAGUUGUAUACCGCGGCUGUGGGAACUUAUCUCUGUUGGAUUAUUUCGAGAGGAAUCGCAAUUGCAGUGAAUCUCCUGCCGCAAGGAAGAGCUGCGGUAAUGGACAAGAUAAAGCACUGGCUUCAUGUAGGGGCUUCCUAUGCUCUGGCUGCUAUCAUAUUCGUCCUGAUGCUCGGUGUGAUUCCACUGCUCUUUGGAUUGUUAUUAGAGCUGGUUCUGGUCAUCCCGUUGCGAGUGCCAAUUGGUCAGACACCCAUUCACUUCUUAUGGCAAGAUUGGGCCUUGGGAGUGCUUUACACAAAAAUUGCUUGCGCCCUCACGCUCAUGGGUCCAGAUUGGCGUCUUAAGAGAGCCAUUGAAAGGGCAUAUCGCGAUGGAUUGCGAGAUAUCGACUUGAAGUUCAUCAUUCGCGAACUGGCAACACCCGUCAUCACAUGUUUCGGACUGGCUCUGGCCGUUCCCUAUGUUAUCGCUCACUCGAUUGUGCCAAUUUUCUACGAGAACAUAAACGCAAGGACACUCAUUGCCAGGGAAAUAUAUCCAUUCUUCUUGUUGGCAGUGAUUGUCGUUGCCAUAAUCUACUUCCAGAUAAGACAGUUCAAGAAGCUCUACGUUGCUAUCAAGAAUGACAAAUAUUUAGUUGGACAGCGGCUGGUGAAUUACGAACAUAGAAAGCGCAAACAAGAGACGGCAGAUGCUGCGGCCGCAGCAGCAGCAGCAGCGGCAGCCGCUGCAUCAGCAGCUGCUAACAAUGAUGCAGCUCAAGUUGAUGGAGCUGCGGUGGAUGAUGCAGUUGGUCGUGGUGUUAAUGGUGAUGGAGGCAACGUCGUUCCUCCACUGGUUGGGGAACAGUUAUAGAUAUACAAAAUUAUGUCUACUAAAAUAGUGAUUAAAUAAGUUUUGUUUUUGUUUUCUUAUUA